AUGGCGCCUGUUAUUAAACGACCAAACAAGCGGCAGGCAAAGCAGCCGGCCGCCAAGAAAGCGCGGGUUGCUGUUCAUUCUAGCGAUGAGGAAUAUCCAUCUAGUGAUGAUGAGGCCAUGGAGGACGUAGCGGCGCAGGCGGAGUCCGAGGAAUCGGAUGCGCUGGACGAUUCGGACUCUGAAGAGGAGGAAAUCAAGCAGAAAGAUGGCGAAGAGGCCGCGGGCUCUGCCUCGGAUGGCGAGGGCGAAAAGCAGGCCGGCGGCGAGGGCAGUCAGCACGCCGGGCAGCGAAAGUUACUGAAGGAGCGGAAGAUGCAGCGGAAGUCGGGGGCCCAAGUGCAGCAUAUCAAGGCGCUGUGGGAAAAGCUUCGGGUCAAGCAGCCGCCGAUGCCGCGGGAGGUGCGGGAGAAGUUGUCGAAUGAGGUCUGGGAACUCUCAAAGGACUGCAUCGCGGACCUUGUCCUCAAGCAUGAUGCGUCGCGGGUCGUGCAGACUCUUGUCAAGUACUCGUCGAAGGAACGCCGGAACCAGAUCGUCGAAUCGCUCAAGGGCAAGUUUUACGUGUUGGCGACGUCGUCGUAUGGGAAAUACCUAUUGGUCAAACUUCUGCAUUACGGGUCUAGGGAGUCGAGGCAACUUAUUAUCGAUGAGUUGCAUGGCAAAUUGAGAAAGCUGAUGAGGCAUCGGGAGGGCGCGUACGUGGUCGAAGAUCUCUACGUUCUGUACGCUUCCCAGGAGCAGAAGCAGCAGAUGAUCAGGGAGUUCUGGGGCGCCGAAUAUGCUGUUUUCAGAGACGCGCAUAAGAACCUGACCCUCAAGGAAGUUUGUGAGGCGAGUGUUGAGAAGAGAAACAUCAUUGCUCGGAAUUUGAUUGGCACGAUCACGGCAUCUGUAGAGAAGGGCUCGACAGGUUUCCAGAUCUUGCACGCUGCCAUGGGCGAGUACAUCAAAAUAUGCAACGAAAAGGAGAUUUCAGAGUUCAUUGAACUUGUCCACGAGCAUUUUGCGGAGCUGGUUCAUACCCCUGAGGGUGCUGAGGUUGCCUGUGUCCUUAUUGCACGCGCCAGUGCUAAGGAGAGAAAGGCGAUCAUCAAGAACCUCAAAGACCACGCUGAAAACUUAUUGAAGAACCAGCACGGUAACCAGGUAUUCGUCACACUUUUGAUGACAGUGGACGACACCGUCCUUACUUUCAAGGCAUUUGCACCAGCUAUCAAGGACAAGCUUAAAGAGCUGGUAGUUGACAAGUGGGCCAGAAGACCAUUCCUGUAUAUCCUACUGGGUUUGCACGGCAAGUACUUCUCUCCACUGGUCAAGAAAGACGUUGAAAGAUAUGUCGCACUAUCUGCUACUACUUCUAAGAAGCCUGCGGAGCAAAGAAAACUCGAAUUACUAAAGAAGUUCGGACCUCUACUUAUCAGCUGUGUUGGGGACGACUACGCUGAGAUUAUGAAGGAUAACAUGGGCUGUCAAUUUAUUGAAGAGCUGUUGUUGAAUGAUACUCUUUACGAAAACCUUUCCUCUGAGGAAACGCUUAAGUUCCAGGAACUGGUCGAUGCGAUUGCUACCUCAUUCAAGGGCGAUAUCUCUGAGGAGGAACACCCGAUUAGUAGGCCUUAUUCUGCAAGACUAUUGAAGGCGAUGAUCCAGGGCGGUAAGUGGAACAGCGCGCAGAAGAAACUAGAGCCUCUAAGCAAGGUUCAAGGCUUGGGCACAACUUUUGCCGCAAAAUUUUACCAGGACAUAAUUGACUCCAGUAAUCUACUCGAAUGGAUACAGACCCCCAACAGCUCGUUCACUAUUGUUGCGCUGUACGAGACGCUUGUCCAACGCCCUGAAGGCAAGCAGUUUGUAAAGGACCUAAAGGCUAUCUCGAAGGAUAUCCCAAAAGAUGAUGAAGGUAACAAAGGCGCCAAACUACUAUCGAAGCUGCUUUCAGAGAAGAAGUAG